UAAGUGGUUAAAGAAAGGUUGAGUUCAAAUAUGUUUGAUAAAAACAUUUUCCAUUCAAGUUUGCCCAUGCUAUGAAGUAGUUUGUUAUGACAUUUAAAUAAGCAGAUAGUAGAUUGAUAUAGCUGAACUUUUGUGAGGAACCCUCAUUAGGAAGUAGCGGUCACUGCCAAAUGGUCAUGAGAUGGGUGAAAUCAGCCACAUGCAGUCAUUUUUAUAUUCAGAAGGAGUAAGUUUUGAAUUGGUUUGCGUUGUUGAGGUCGGUUGUGGGAAUGUUUCGGUUGAAUAAUAGCCGCUGUAGCGACUGAGCAAUUGGGCACUCUUUGUGUUGUCACUAUUUGGGGGGAUAGAUGGCAGGAUGUACACUUUCCAGUGUUGGUGAUCUGAAGACGACGUAAUCAUAGUUAACCGCUAAACGGAAGUGCUAAUUCAGUGUUCUAGGUAAGGGAGAUGUAAAUUACGAGAUGCGUAUAAUAAAAACAUGUUCAUGCCUGCAUAUUAAAUAUGAGUGGAGUGAGGCUAGAAGUUCAGUGGUCUCCAGUUCAUCCUGAUAAAUUCAUUACUUGGGGAACGGAGAUAUUUCUGUAUGAAGUAGCUUCUCUGAAAGAUGCUACGAAAUUAGCAUGUUCAAAGGUAUCAGAUACAACAGCUGCAAACUUGUUGGCAACGAACUCCAAUCAUCAUUAUGUUAAAUGUGUUGACAUCUACCCACAACCAGAACCUGACAUUUUGUUGGCUAUUGGUCAAGCUAAUGGGAAAGUAGUUCUCACAACCUUUGGCCCUACUGCAUUUGAUGCACUUGGACUCACAGGCAAAGAAUUAGUGCCACGACAUGCAAGACAGUGUAACACUGUAGCUUGGAACCCUGUGGAUUCCAAUCUUAUAGCUGCAGGUCUGGACAAGUACAAGGCUGACCACUCGGUGCUCCUGUGGGAUGUACUUAAGUGCCCUCAUCAUGGAGAUGGAAGAACAGGCAUGCCAAGUGUCUCGUAUCAGCAUCAUGCUGCAUCACAAGCACUUGAACUGGCCCGUCCAGUAGCAGAGCUUGGUCUGUCAGAAACAGCUCAUUCUCUUGCGUGGUUCAACACUCAGUCUAGGAGUCUCAUUAUUGGCAUGAACAACAAACAUCUGAAACUUGUUGACCUUCGAGAUUCUAACAAGGCAGUUAAUUCUACGCCAACAAAGGCUGUAUAUGGGCUUGUAGUUGAUCCUCACAAUGAUCAUCAGCUAGCAUCUUUUGUGGAGAAUCAAAUAUCUGUAUGGGACACAAGGAAUUUUGAAAAACCAGUUCUUACUCUUAUCCACAGUAAACCAGUUAUUAAGGUCUUAUGGUGUCCAACCAGGCACAAUCUCCUGGGAUCUUUAUUAAGAGACAGCACUAGUUUACAUUUGCAUGAUAUUCAGUAUACUGUUGUUGGCAAUGAUGAAGUUGAGCCUUUUGUUCAGGAGCAAAGUGUGCAUCCUGGUACAGCAAAUAACAUAACAUCAUUUUCUUGGCAUCCAACACAUGAAAAUAGGUUGCUAACCAUAGCUCUCUCAGGUACCAUAACAGACUAUGUCGUGUUUGAAAGAAUUACAAUCAACUGUUCUCCAAAUACCGAAAUUGUAUGGACACAUGGCCGUUGGAUUUUGAAACUUAUUAAUGAUAAAGUUGCUGUGUUUAACUCCCUUGAUGACAUCUUAGUGAUAUUCAAGAGGAGGGCUCUGAAUGAUUAUGGACUUAAACCUGAGCUGUGGCAGAAUGGUGAUCUAGCGGAAGAGGAAUCGUUGAAAAAUUUGUGGCACUGGCUAUACCUUAGUAGGUCACUUGUGGAAGAUGGAAGUAUGCGAGGUGUUGACAGCAAGCUUCCAGGCAUCAGAUGUGUCCUGAAAAUUGACAGUAAUGAGACAGAUGGAUCUGAAAUGAUAAGUAAACCCUGGGUAGAUCUAGGGAAGUCAAUCAACACUGUACGGAUUUACAGGAGUGAAAAUCGUGAAAAGGCAAUGCAGCUUUGUGGCUGGAAAUUUGACAAAGAAUCAUCAUUGACUUCAUUCUUGGAUCGAUUGGAGUCUGAGGGGUUGUAUACAAGAGCUGCUGCAAUUGCCGUAUUUAACAUGAAACUACGCAAGGCUAUUGACAUUUUAAAUCGGGCAGCUCUGUCACAGAAUAAGCAACAGCUGCCUUCAAACCUGAAUAUUGUGGCUAUGGCUUUGUCAGGAUUUUCUGAUGACAGAAGCAGCAUGUGGCGUGAGCUUUGUCUUGCCUCUCGUUCCCGGUUGUCGGAGCCCUACCUUAGAGCAACAUUUGCAUUUCUCACUGCUGAAGCAGACAACUAUGAGAAUGUGCUGAAUGAAAGUGGGGUUGCUGUGGAGGACAGGGUUGCCUUUGCCUGUACUUUCCUUUCCGAUGUGAAACUUAAUGAGUAUCUGAAGCAGUUAACAGCCAAACUGACUGAGGAAGGAGACUUGGCUGGAAUCUUACUUACAGGGACAAGCAGUGACGGUGUUCAGCUCCUUCAGAGGUACCUGGAUGUGACACGUGAUGUUCAGAGUGUCAGCUUGUUGGCUGUCCGUGUAUUCCCACGGGAAUUGCUGCUUGACUCAAGAGUUCAAAACUGGAUUGAUAGCUAUCGUGUUCUGCUCGAUGCCUGGCGCCUAUGGAAUCAAAGAGCCCAUUUUGAUAUAUUACUUAAUGCUUGCUCUCCAAAUGACAAAGCACCACAGCAAAUAUUUGUGUCUUGUAACUUUUGUGGCAAGAGCAUCUCAGCCCAAAUGCAGGGAAUCAUCAGAAACAGAGGAGCCUAUGCUCGUCUAGGAGCAACUUCACAGAAACUUAAGAUGUCAUCGUGUCCCCAGUGUCGCAAGCCUUUGCCUCGUUGUGCCAUCUGUCUAGUCCACAUGGGGACACCUUCUGGGCUGCAAAACAAUAAUAGUAUGAACAGCAAUGGGCGUUCAUCAACAGCCAAUAAUAAAAUGGCAGAAUUUUCAUCUUGGUUCACAUUUUGUCAGUCAUGUCGACAUGGUGGACAUGCAGCCCACAUGACUCAUUGGUUCAGGGAACACUCAGAAUGUCCUGUAACAUUCUGUACUUGCCGCUGUUCAUCUCUGGAUACGGCUCGUGAAGCAGCCUCCAUUAUCACUCAUAUUGCAAGAGUACAGCAAUAAGCAGUUAAUUUCAUGGUAAUUAUGUAACAGAAACUGUUCACUACAUAUAUUUUUGUUUCAUAUUCCAUGCAGGACUUAAUUUAAAAAUAUUAUCUGAUUUGAAUUAAGGAAACGCCUAUUACAGUGUGCUUGUAUAAAUCAGUACCCUUACUAUACUUGACUGUAUUACACAGACGAGGUUCCGGGUUAACAUCUCAUUCCAGAGACCAGCUCUCCUGACUGAAGUUGUUUAUGAUUCUCUUCAGUCCCUUCAGGCAGAUACUGGAAUAGUACCUUAAAUUAAGACAUGAUCACUUCAUUCCAUAUCCUUUCCAAUUCAUUAUUUAUUAAUUGUCCUAUCAUUGAAUACAGUCUAAGCUACUAACAAUGUCAUUAAACCAUAAGUAAAUAGUCUUGUCGGUUAAUUGAAGUGAUCAAAGGAUUGUGAAAACAUACAAAGCAGAAUUACAAAAUAAAUAAUAUCCACAUACUUAUGACUCUGAAA